GCUGACAAGUUAAUGCUGCUUGCUGCAUUUCUAGGGGUUUCCUUUCAGUUCAUAGGAGCCAAUAGUAAGGGAUGCAGAAGAAUUGUCUUCAACUCGGAGAUCAAAGAUAGAGUUCUAUCAAAUCAUACGCUUCGUACUAUCAAACCAAUAAUCAACACCGACUCAUGCAUGCACAAGUGCUACAUGGAACCCUUGUGUUCGUCAGUCAAUUACUGUAACAAAUCAGGAGAGACACCUUACUGUCAGCUGAUCGACACCGACCAAUCACGACAUGGUGCAGAUAUGAUUGACAUGGAUGGAUGCUCAUUCUACGACACUAAGACCAAUUGCUCCAGCAAUGAAUGUCCUGCCAGAGCUACGUGUUCUGGUGACUACAUUGGGGAGUCUACUACAUAUAGGUGUAUUUGUCCCGACGGCUUUGAAGGAAGUAACUGCACACAAGACAUAAACGAGUGCACCUCCAACAAGCACAACUGUCCCAAAACCGCUACAUGUGAAAACCUGCAUGGCAGCUUCAGAUGCAACUGCAAACAAGAAAACACAACAUGGACAGUCGUAUUUGACUUUGAGGACGGCAUAAAAGAGUGGAGCCGUACAGGAACAGCAUUCAACAACCAGCCAACCUUUGGUGGUACGGCCAUAGCCUCUCGAUCAAAACAUAAAGGUGAUUGGUGGAUCGGAAGUUUUGAAAAUCGUCCCAAUUCUUCUUCUCCAYCCGGUGGAUGGCAAGGCGACGGACCGGUUGGAACUAUGACUUCACCUCCUUUUAUGAUACGCGGWCGAUAUUUUAGAUUUUUGAUUGGUGGUGGAUGCACAGAAUCGAAAGUACGGGUCGAACUUUUGGUUGGUGGGAAAGUCGUUGCAAAGGACACUGCAGAUGUUUGCCGUUAUCGAUCUAUGUCCAGGGAAAUGUUGAAUGUCAGUCAAGCUUAUUUUGGGAAAGAAGCAAGACUUCGAUUGGUAGACGCAUUCCGGGGUAAAUGGGGACAUAUAAGUUUCGAUCACCUUGAAGGAUAUUUCUGUUAAAAAAAAGGUUUUCGUGUAACAUUCUUCACAAGAAACUACAAACUAUAUCWUUGGGAACAMAGAGAAUAAUYCAAGAAUACUUAUCACCAGUAGCUCUCUCCACAAACUAUCUAUCAAAACUCCGCACUUCACCGAAGGUCAAUACCAUACCAUUCACUGUUCAGUUUGUCAGGUAUCUCUUGAAUGUUUAGAUUCCUGCUAGGAACGGUUUCGAUCGUAAGAAGUAUCACUGGGGUGAAGCUCUGCGUUUUCUUGGAAAUGCCAAGGUAAAAACACCAGUGGCAGUUAAGGGCUUUGAAGGCCCAAAACUAGCCUGUAACCUCGCRCAAUAUMAAUAUUGUUUGGCGCCGUACCUGCACCACAAGCCAAAAUGUAGUUUGAUGUAAAUCUGGCCUCGCACCGCAGACACCUUUCUCUCACUCUGUUCUGGAAUAGUCCUCAAUCUCCUAGUAUUACGCAAAAGGAAGCCAACGGCUUCAGAAAAGUUAUUAAURUACAGUUGCCUAUAGAGGAGAUUAAAUGUUGCCAUUUCUCUACUCUUCAGAUCUCGGUUAUUUUACUCGCCUGAUCUUCACCAUGCCUGCCUAAUCUAAAAUCGAGAUUGUAGCUUUUAACUUUAUAGGGAUUUAGACUGUUA